AUGGCAUUUUACGAUAUCGGGGAGCAGCAAUUCUCUACUUUAGGGUACAUUGUAAGCAAACCUGUUAAUGCAGGAGCGUACGAGACCGAACCUCCGAUCCCGACCAUCGACGAUGCGAUCUACGGCUCAGAUGAGUUCCGCAUGUACGCCUACAAGAUCAAACGGUGUCCGAGGACUCGAAGCCACGACUGGACGGAAUGUCCCUACGCCCACCGCGGCGAGAAAGCCACUCGCCGUGAUCCUCGCCGUUACACUUACUGCGCCGUCGCAUGCCCGGCGUUCCGGAACGGCGCAUGUCACCGUGGAGACACCUGCGAGUUUGCACACGGGGUGUUCGAGUACUGGCUCCACCCGGCGCGUUACCGAACACGCGCCUGCAACGCCGGAAACUUGUGCCAGAGAAAAGUGUGUUUCUUCGCACAUGCGCCUGAGCAGCUCCGGCAGUCUGAGGGAAAGCACAGGUGCCGGUACGCGUAUAGACCGGUGAGGACGACAGCAGCGAGAGGCGAUGGUGUGGGGAUGAGAUUGGAAGGUGAGGAUUAUGACACGUGGCGGUCUCCGGUGAAAAGCGGGAAAAGUGAUUUAGAUAUAAACGAGGAGAGAUUGUUGAAGUGUUGGAGUGGGAUGAGCAUUGUGGAUGAGCCUUCCGAUUUGGGUUUGGAUUUGUCGCAUAUUGAUUGGAUCUCAGAGUUGGUCGAUUAA